GCUAAUGGCGCCCACACAGGAAGUGGACAGGGCCAUGGUGUUCCGAUCGGCGCAUACAUCUCAUCUUGCUCUGUAACUCCUCACUGCACCGCUCAAACACAGAGAGAGAGAGGGAGAGAGAGAGAAACAAAAGUGGAUGUGCCUACGCCAGUGGUGGCCAUUGAUGGGCUCACCAAACCCAACAAGAUGAAGGUGAAGUGGACCCAACUGGGCCUGGUCUUCUUCCUACUGCUGUCCGUGGUGAUGACGGCCUGUUUCAUCUGGCAAUACCAGCUGCCCAAGAUACUCGCCGACGAUGCUCUGGGAAAGAACGGCAACGGUGACAGGAUGUGCCCGCGCUUUCCCGAGCCCGCCCCACUUGAACACCCCAUUCCCAUUCUGAAGGAGGCCCUGGAGAAGGUUGAUGCACUGCUGCGCCAAAGCAUUAACCCCACCAGCCUGCCUGCAAUGUCAGCCAUAGUCAUCUACAACGACACAGUAUUGUGGACAGGAAAUUUCGGCAAGAGGAACGGCAGUGACCCUCUCUCCACCCCACCAAAUGAGUAUACCAUCUACCGGAUUGCCAGCCUGUCCAAGAUCUUCCCCACUCUGAUGCUCUAUAAACUGUGGGAGGAUGGGAAGGUGGGUUCCCUGGACGACCCCCUAGAGAAAUAUGUGGAGAACUUCACCAUCAAAAACCCCCUGGGCAAAGCACCUAACUCCGAGCUUAAGUACGUGACAGAUGGCCUGAUCUUUCUUGACAGCGGGGAGGUCCAGAUCCGCUCCUCCUCUGUCACGCUCCGCAGAAUGGCCAGCCAGCUCUCCGGUCUUCCACGGCGACUCAGGGCCACAAACCUGCUGUGGAAGGGGAAAACUCAAUCUGCCAUUAAUUUAUUGCAAGAUGAUGUCCUUGUGGCGGACCCUGGCACCAAGUGUCAUUACAGCAACCUGGCCUUCUCCCUAUUGGCUCAUGUUAUGGCAGAGAGGGUGGUGGGACUGGACUACCAGCGGUGGAUCAACGACAACAUCCUGGACCGCCUGGGCAUGGAGGACACAGGCUUUGACAUCACACCGGCCAUCCAGACCCAGAUGGCCGUGGGGGUGUACAGCAACGGCCAGGCGGCGCCCCUCUACGACCUGGGCUGGUACCGGCCGUCGGGCCAAAUGUUCUCCACGGCAGCGGACCUGGCUAAGCUGGCCAUGAUGCUGCUGGGCGCCUACCACCGCAAGCUGCUGGAGCCCGACACGCUGAAGAUCAUGCUGACGCCACUGUUCCGCUGCGACAAGGACUACUUCGCCAACCGCACCGGCACACCCUGGGAGGUCAACGAGGUGCUGGGCUAUGAGAUGGUGCGCAAGGACGGCGACCUGGACGGCUACUCGGCCACCUUCUCGCUGGUGCCGCGUCUCAAGCUGGGCUUGGUGGUGUUGAUGGCCGGUACGCGGCCGCAGAACCAGGAUGUUGUGGCCAAGGCCUACGGCCACAUCAUUCCCGCCAUGGAGCGGGCAUUCCGCGACGCCAAGCGGGCACUGGUUCCCCCGCCCGACCCUGUGCCCUACGUGGGCUUCUACACCUACGGGAACAUCACCUAUUACGAGAUCAAAGCUGGACCAGACGGUGUUCUGAUCAUGCAGCAGUUCGGGCCCCAGAUUGCAGACCUCAUCCCGGAGAGGUACCGGACGAUUAAGCUGAACUACCUGGUGGACCGAGUGUUCCGGGUGGUCUUCGAGAAGGAGUACCCCUGUGUCCUGCGCGUCAGCACUGCCUCUGUGUCCCUGGAGGCACAGGAUGGACAGCUCUUUAACUUCUACGUCUUUGACAAGCGUGGGCUGUCCCCGGGCUUUGAUGCCCCUGGCCUCAACACAUAUAACGUGGUCCGAAUAGCCCGCCGCCCGACUUUCAACACCUGAGCUUCAACAAACUUCAAAAAAACUCUUGGGGGGGAGGGCAUAUUGGACCCAUCGUGUUUUCAAAUUAGCUUGCUAAAUGGGUAACGGCUGUGAGUGGCAAGCAAAAUGACCCUGACUGAUUCCUUCAAAGCAAACUGUGUGCAUGCCAUUCUGUACUGUACAUAAUUAGUAGUGCAAGCGGUGCAAUGGAGAUAGAGUGACACUCUUGAAAAAAAUUUUCUCUCUUUCAUACUUUCCUUCAUUCUCUCAUUAUUUCUCUUUCACUUUUUGUUUAUUUAUUUUAUUUAAACUUUGCUGAGCUGUAUUUGAUAUUAUUUUUAUACACUUGGCUGACCAAACCUUGGGCCUGUUUUGCAUGUAUAUGUUCAUGUCGUUCCUGUGUCAACCUUUCUGGAUAUGUUUAUCUCUUGUGUUUUGUACCGUCAUGCACUACCAGACCAGAACAUUGAAAAAUCCCUUACCUGUUUUACAUCAUGACAGAUUCUCUCUGUUAUUAGCAACAAACACCACCAUAUUUCAUCUGUGUCCUUAAGGUGUGAAUGAUUAUGGUAAAUGUUGUUAGUGCUUGGAAACACACAAAACUCCUCUCCACAUCACCCAAACACCCAUCACAAGGACAGGGGAUUUAAGGGGCAAAUGGAACAGUUAAAACAAUCAAUAUAACUCUCCUUUCUUUUCACUGAUUUCUGUUGAUGUUUUUGUUGUUGCUGUGGUUUUUAUGUCUGUCAUGAAACAAAAGAACCAUUCAUUAUUUUUCAGAUUGAUAAUGCAUUAUUUAUUUAUUUGUUUGUUUGUUUGUUUUAUUUUGUUCUAAAAGCUAUGGAUGAAACAUGUACAUUUAAUCCCCCAUAUCUAAACUGGAAAAUGCCUCCUUUGGUCCCUUGAUCCCUCUCCUUUGUAAUGCUUUGAUUAGGGCCAGUUGUAUCAGCGCAUCAAAUUGACUCUGCAUGACUCACCAUUUUGGCACAGAGCCUUCUGUGCUGUCCAAUUCCUGUGUAGAACUGACUGAUUUGAGAAGGGCACAUGUUCUAGUCCAGUGGUCACCAAACUACGGCCCGCCACCUCAUUUUGGGUGGCCCCCCAAAACAUGUCUGUGGU